UCAUUCAGUCAGUGUCGAGCAGUCGAGCACAUAAAACCGACUUGAUUUCUGAUCCAUAAAUUCAUUCUUUAAUUAUUAUGGACCGCUGGCAAAAUCGCGUUGCAGUCGUAACUGGUGCAAGUUCGGGAAUUGGUGCCGAAUGCUGCAAGGAUCUGGUGGCCAAGGGCAUGAUUGUUGUGGGUCUGGCACGUCGUGUUGAUCGACUGGAGGAAUUAAAGGCAGCACUGCCCGCUGAUCAGUCGUCUCGUUUUUAUGGACGCCAGUGUGAUGUCAGCGUUGAGCAACAGGUCAUUGACUCGUUUGCCUGGGUCAAUGAGACUCUAGGUGGGGCAGAUGUGCUGAUUAAUAAUGCUGGAAUUAUUCGCCGCAUUCAUUUAAUCGAUGAAGGGAAUAGUGCCGAUAUACUCAAUAUAAUCAAUACGAAUCUGUUGGGCGUCACCUGGUGCACUCGCGAGGCUUUUCUCUCCAUGAAGAAACGCAAGAUUAAUGAUGGCCACGUUGUGAUUAUCAAUAGCAUAGCUGGUCAUGGCGUUCCCAUGGUUCCUGGCUAUAGUUUAAAUAUGUAUGCACCUUCGAAGCAUGCCAUCACUGCGCUGACUGAAGUGCUGCGUCAAGAGUUUAUGAACAAAGCCACCUUGACCAAGAUUACAAGCAUCAGCCCCGGUGUCGUUAACACCGAGAUCUUUGACGAAACAUCUCCAGAAAUAAUCGCCGGAAUGCCAAUGCUGCGUUCGGAAGAUGUCGCCGAUGCUGUCACCUAUUGCAUUCAGACACCGCCUCAUGUGCAGAUUCAUGAACUGACCAUUAAACCGAUUGGGGAAAAGUUUUAAGCACUUUGAUUAAUUGUUUUUAACCUGUAAAGUUCACAAUUGUGAAUUUCCCAAAGUGAAGUGUAUUGAAUGUAGCGGCCAUUAAAUAUUCGAAAAUAAAAUCGAUUUACUAACGU